GCGGGCGGGGGGCGGCCGGGGCCGGUUUUGUGCGAGUCCCUGCGGGCACCGACCGCGCUCCCGCCGCGCCCCGCGCAGCCGCCCCUCGCCGGCGCCACUUGGGGGUUGGGUUUGUUUUUUUUUUUUUGCUUUCCCCCCUAUUUUUAAAUUUUCCUCCCGCUUCCCUUCCCCACCCGGCACUUCCGGCUGGUUUCCGGGCAGUUUCCGGGUGCGCGGCUCCUUUUCCGGCGGGGGCGAUGCUGGUGGCGGCGGCGGCGGCGGGGGCCGCUCCGGGCGGCGCGGAGCAGCGCGGGAGCCGCUUCAGCGUCCUGACGUGGGAGCAGGUGCAGCGCCUGGACCAGAUCCUGGGGGAGGCCGUGCCCAUCCACGGCCGCGGCAACUUCCCCACGCUGUCGGUGCGGCCCCGCACCAUCGUCCAGGUUGUCCGUAGCCGCCUGGAGAAGAAAGGAAUCACAGUCCACAACGUCAGGUUGAACGGCUCAGCAGCCAGUCACAUCCUACACCAGGACAGUGGCUUGGGGUACAAGGACCUGGACCUCAUUUUCGGCGUGGAUCUGAAGACCGAAGACGUUUUCCAGCUGGUUAAAGAUGUGGUCAUGGAUUGCCUGCUCGACUUCCUCCCCGAAGGUGUCAACAAGGACAAGAUCACCCCCAUGACCCUGAAGGAGGCCUACGUGCAGAAGCUGGUGAAGGUGUGCAACGAGACCGACCGCUGGAGCCUCAUCUCGCUCUCCAACAACAGCGGCAAGAACGUGGAGCUCAAAUUCGUGGACUCUCUGCGGCGCCAGUUCGAGUUCAGCGUGGACUCCUUCCAGAUCAUCCUGGACUCGCUCCUGCUCUUCGGGGAGUGCUCGGAGAACCCCAUGGCCGAGAACUUCCACCCCACGGUCACCGGGGAGAGCAUGUACGGGGACUUCGAGGAGGCCAUGGACCACCUGCGCAACAGGGUCAUCGCCACCAGGAACCCUGAGGAGAUCCGGGGCGGGGGGCUCCUCAAGUACUGCAACCUCCUGGUGAGGGGCUUCAAGCCCAAGUCGGAAGUGGAUAUGAAGGCACUGCAGAGGUACAUGUGCUCCAGGUUUUUCAUAGACUUCUCUGACAUCGGCGAGCAGCUGAGGAAGCUGGAGUGUUACCUCCAGAGCCACUUUGUGGGCAUGGAGAGCAACAGAUAUGACUAUUUGAUGACCCUGCACAGGGUGGUCAAUGAGAGCACAGUCUGCCUCAUGGGACAUGAGAGGAGGCAGACCCUGAACCUCAUUGCCAUGCUGGCCGUGAGGGUCCUGGCUGAGCAGAACAUCAUCCCCACGGUCACAAACGUUACCUGCUACUACCAGCCAGCCCCUUAUGUCAGUGAAAUUAACUUCAACUACUACGUGACCCACGUGCAGCCCUUCCUGCCUUGCAAUCAGUCUUACCCCACGUGGCUUCCCUGUAACUGAGCCAGGACAAACUCCAGGGUCUGUCCUCCAAGUGCAGGAGGUGUUAUGGGUGUGCAAACUUGUGGUUUCUGCCGAGAGAAGCCAGAGUGGCUAAUUCCUUUGAAGGACCAAAGAAUCCUGUUUAAGUGCCUGUAACAAUAUAAACACAACUGUACUGUAAACCUUUAUUAUUUUUUGCGGGGGCUGAUGGCCCAGAGCUUGAGUGGGGAAUGUCUGAAGAGGAAAAUGUUUCUGUCGUGGGUGGGGAGGGUCGCAAGAUCAUUUCUUAUCCUGGCUGAGGCCAGAGCAGGUUCUGUGUCGCUGAGGGGUUUGGGCAUGACUUGCUGCCUGUGAAGGACCAGCUGGAGCAGAGAGCUGCCAAAGUGGGGCUGCACAAUGCAGGGGGGAUUGGAAUGGCUACGUGGAAAUGCCUGAAACUGGGAACACCAGGGAGGGGGGAGUGCAUGGAGGAAAAUGCUGUGCAGAGCUUGCUGGAGAAAAGGCAGCAGGGUCCUACACACGAAUUUCUUCAAGCUCCCAAGUCUGCAGUGCCAAAAUAUAGUUGAGUUCCUAAAUGAUGAGGCAGAUGAUUUGUCCAGGAGCCUGCCCCAGGCUGCCAUACCUGAUCCUGUAUUUUCUAGGGGAAUUUGAAAUGCUGCUCUUCCAAUUUUUUUUUUUUUUUUUUUUUUUGGCAUGCAGUGUGGUUUUAAUGCACAGAGCCAGAGGCCAGCUGGGCUGUUGGGGAAGGUGAGGCUUGUCCUUUGAAGCACAAACCAGCCAGGUCACUGGUCAGUCAUUUCCAGCUGUUGCUGUGUCCUCCAGGGAGGUGGACAGACCUCUUCCAUGCUGGAGACCCUCCCUUGGGCAGGUCUUAUCUCCAAAGCAGCCAAUUCCCAAGCAGCUCUGUGAUUCCCUGUGUGAGCCACUGAUAGCAUUUGAAAUUCAUUCUCUAGCUAGAAAUGGAGCCUGGGGUGGGGGGGUGAAGUUAGUUGGCCUUAGGAAAAAAAUGUCUUCUAAACAGACCCUCUGGUGUUGUGAGGGUUUGGCUCUCUCAGUCCAAUGUGGCUUUGAAGUCGUUGGGUGUCCGGAGCACAAAAGUUUUUCACGGAGGUGCCUGGAUCGCUGUGCCCGCCAGACAUCUCAGAUUUCCCUGUGCAGGGAGGGAGAGGUGGGCAGGCAGCAGGCAUUCCCUAGGGAUGCUGCUCUGGGAACACCACGGCUUCCUGGUGCUUCCUCCGAGGCUGACGUACUCGAGUAUCUUUACUAACUUGUGGGUUUUUGGUUGUUUUUUUUUUUUUUUUUGUUUUUGUGACAAAACUGUAACAGCUGGGCAGAUUGAAAUAAAGACUAGAUCCUUGGAAUGUGCAUAGCCAGAUUGGUACCUUUCUUGGGGUAGGGGCGAUGGGGAGUAAGGGUGGGGGUGGCUCUUGCACCUGACAUGGACGAGCCCAGCUGAGCUUGGUCCAGCUCUGCUCCCUCCCCACUCGGAGCUGGAGGAGUGGCACCAACCACCGUGUAGCUAUUGCAGGUUUCAGCUGCCUCCCUGCAGAGCAGCUUUGCCUUCAUGGCCGAGUCCCGUAACUCCCCGGAGCCUCAUCCCUGUGGUGGGAGCUUGAGAUUUGCCAGUGCAAGGUAAAACUGGUUUAAGGGCUGCUUUUGGGAGCUUAAGUGUGCCACUUUUGUGGCUUCAAGGAAGAUGAGAUUUUUUUUCUUGCAUUUUAAACUGAACAUAGAUGCCACGUAGGUUGUUUUUUACAGGCUGCUCCUACCCAACAACACACUAAACUGAGAUUCCCUCCUUCCCUUUGAGAUGUCCAGAAAGAUCCCCUACAGCCAACAGCUCGACAGGGCGACUUACCAUUGCGAUUGCACUUUUGAUUGAUGGAGUGUGUGUGGUGGGACUCUUGUGAAUGGGUUGAACCUGAAUUUUUCUAGACCUUGCAGUGAUACUGUGCUGCCUCCUGUGAAGGGGCAAUUGGAAGAUUCCAGUAGCUUGAAUGGCACUGAUUUCUUUUUUUUUUUUUUUCAUUGUUCUGUUUGUUUUAAAUGUCUUUUUUUUUUUCCUACACCUGUAUCACUUGUCAUGCGAUGGGCUUGACAUAGACUCACUAGAUUCUUUAGAAUCUGUUACGAAUAAAUACAGUGUAUUCAAA